GUUUAUUUCCGAUGGUUAACACGAUAGGUUGGACCGCCUCCAAGUGGGUUAAAUUCCACCAGGACACCACGCCUGAGGACUCUUUCCAGGUUCUGCUGGACCUGGUGCAGUCGCUCAAGACGUAUCCUGAAGAGCCUGCCUGGAUCUCUGUUGCUUCUGAGGAAAAUCUCAAGCACCAAUGGAGAAUUCUCCAAUCCAAGUCAAACAAAAAACAGCUCCGGCUCUACGGCGUGCCUGUUGCGGUCAAGGACAACAUUGACGUGAAGGGUUUCGCUACUACGGCAGCCUGUCCUUCUUUCAGCUACGAGCCUGAGCAGGAUGCAACUAUAGUGUCGCUUCUCAAAGACCAAGGAGCCAUAAUUGUGGGAAAGACCAAUCUUGAUCAGUUUGCAACAGGCCUUGUGGGCACACGGUCUCCGUACGGCAUAACAAAAAACUCUUUCAAUAACAAAUACGUUUCCGGUGGUUCGUCUGCUGGUUCCGCGGUGGUUGUUGCCAGAGGAAUAGUGCCCAUUUCGCUUGGCACUGAUACGGCCGGCUCGGGAAGAGUGCCUGCCGCUUUGAACAACCUGAUUGGCCUCAAGCCUACGAAGGGCGUUUUUUCCACUGCUGGUGUCGUGCCUGCCUGUAAAUCUUUGGACUGUCCGUCUGUUUUUGCUACAAACCUUGCCGAUGCACAGCUGUGCUUUGACAUCAUGGCAAAGGCCGACUUUUCGAAUUGCGAGUACUCUAGGGCCCUUCCAGCCAACCCAAGAAGACACUAUCCUGCAAAGCCGAAAGUAGCCGUGCCCAUUGAUUUCACAGGCCUCUGGUACGGCGACUCUGAAAACCCAAAAAUCUACAACAAGGCUGUCGAGACGUUCAAACAGAUGGGAGCCGAAAUUGUUCCUUGCGACUUUGCACCACUGCUGGAUCUUGCCAAGUGCCUUUACGAAGGUCCAUGGGUGGCAGAGAGAUGGGCUGCCACCAAAGAAUUUUUUGAGUCGAAUCCGCCGGAGAAAGAUCUAGACUCGACCGUUGCCAAGAUUAUCAGGGGCGGAAAAGCCCCUGACGCAGCUACCGCGUUCAGCUACGAGUACAAAAGACAGGGCAUCCUGAAACGCGUCCAUCAGAGUUUCAAGGACAUAGACGUCAUGUUGGUGCCUACAUGUCCACUGAACCCCACUAUUGAGGAAGUCCAGAAAGAACCUAUCUUGGUCAACUCCAGACAGGGAACGUGGACCAACUUUGUGAACUUGGCCGACUUAUCUGCACUGGCCGUUCCUGUUGGGUUCAGGGCCGACGGCUUGCCAAACGGCGUCACACUGCUGGGUCAGGCGUUUGAGGAUUACGCUCUGUUGGAUCUCGCAAGCAGGUUUUUCAAGACGCUGUAUCCGAACGGCAGAUUUUUGGGAGCCUUGAGAAACGUGGAUGUCGGACUUGCCGACGAGCUCGACCACACGCUUCCUGCUCCUAACCCAAGGAGCACCGUCAAGCUGGCAGUUGUGGGGGCCCAUCUCCAGGGACUACCUCUCCACUGGCAGCUGGAGAAGGUGCAAGCUGCAUUUGUUGAAAAGACCACAACUUCCAAAAAUUACAAGCUGUACGCGCUACCAUUGAGCGGUCCUAUUGCAAAGCCGGGCCUGCGCAGAGUGAGCUACGACGAACAGGGUUCUGAGAUUGAAAUUGAGAUAUAUGCCAUUCCGACAGAAAACUUUGGCGAGUUUAUCUCGAUGGUUCCUGAGCCCCUGGGAAUUGGCUCUGUUGAGACCAAGUCAGGCGAGGUGGUGAAAUCUUUCAUAUGCGAGGAGAUCGGGUACUCUCAGAAAGGAGCCGAGGAUAUCACUGCGCUCGGUGGUUGGAGAAAUUAUCUGAAGCAAAAAGAAGUCUUAAAGAAGAAGAAACCCUUUGAGACGGUUUUGGUGGCUAACAGAGGAGAAAUCGCUGUGAGAAUCAUCAAAACGCUUAAAAAGCUCGGCAUCAGGUCGGUCGCCGUCUACUCUGACCCAGACAAGUACGCCCAGCACAGCCUGAUUGCGGACGUUGCAAUUCCGUUGCACGGUGUUUCUGCUGCCGAGACGUACAUAAACAUCGACAAGAUCGUCAAGGCGUGUAAGGAUUCCGGAGCACAGGCCGUUGUACCUGGCUACGGAUUUUUGUCCGAGAACGCAGACUUUUCAGACCGACUGGCCGCCGAGGGCAUUGUUUUUGUUGGUCCAUCCGGGGAUGCUAUUAGAAAAUUGGGUCUCAAGCAUUCUGCCAGAGAAAUUGCCGAGAAAGCUGGCGUUCCAUUGGUUCCUGGGUCCGGACUCGUGGCUACUGCUGCGGAGGCCAAGGAGAUAGCCGCAAAGCUGGAGUAUCCUGUCAUGGUGAAGUCCACUGCGGGCGGUGGUGGUAUCGGAUUGCAGAAGGUGGACUCGCCAGACGACAUCGAGCGCGUUUUCCAGACGGUGCAGCACCAAGGCAAAGCGUACUUUGGAGACGCAGGCGUGUUCCUGGAACGGUUUGUCGAGAACGCGCGUCACGUGGAGAUCCAGAUGUUUGGAGACGGUUACGGCAAGGCCAUUGCUCUGGGCGAGAGAGACUGCUCGCUGCAGAGAAGAAACCAGAAGAUUAUCGAGGAGACCCCUGCUCCCAACCUUCCAGACUCUACAAGAGCCAAGAUGAGAAAGGCAGCCGAGCAGCUGGGAGCCUCAAUGAACUACAAGUGCGCUGGUACGGUGGAAUUCAUCUACGACGAGAAAAGAGACGAGUUCUACUUCCUUGAGGUGAACGCACGGUUGCAGGUCGAACACCCGAUCACGGAGCAGGUCACCGGGCUGGAUCUUGUGGAGUGGAUGCUCUACAUUGCGGCCGACAUGGCCCCCGACUUCAGCCAGCCGAUCAAAUGCAACGGUGCAUCGAUGGAAGCCAGACUGUACGCCGAAAACCCGGUCAAGGACUUCAUGCCUUCGCCAGGCCAGCUCACGGAAGUCAAGUUCCCAUCCUGGGCAAGAGUCGACACAUGGGUCAAGACAGGAACCGUGGUUUCUGCCGAGUACGACCCGACGCUGGCCAAAAUCAUUGUCCAUGGCACGGACAGAGCAGACGCACUUAAAAAACUGAGACAGGCCCUUGACGAGACGGUGGUGUACGGGUGUAUCACCAACAUCGACUAUCUGCGUUCGAUCGCCAACUCGGACAUGUUUGAGCAGGCCAGGGUCGCCACAAAGGUUCUGGACUCGUUUGAGUACAAGGCCAACGCGUUUGAGAUCACGUCUCCGGGCGCCUACACCACGGUGCAGGACUACCCUGGCAGAACUGGCUACUGGCGAAUUGGUGUGCCUCCAUCGGGCCCUAUGGACGCGUAUUCGUUCAGACUCGCAAACCGGAUCGUUGGCAAUCACCACAGAGCGCCCGCUAUUGAAAUCACCCUCACUGGGCCGUCCAUCCUGUUCCACCACGAGGCUGUGAUCGGCGUCACUGGAGGAGACGUUCCUUUGACCCUCAACGGGCAGCCAGUGGCUAUGUACCAGCCGCUGACUGUCAAGAGAGGCGACAAACUGGUGAUUGGCAAACUCACGUCUGGCUGCAGAAGCUACUUGGCCAUCAGGGGCGGAAUCGACGUCACCGAGUACCUUGGCUCGAGAUCAACCUUUGCCCUGGGUAAUCUUGGAGGCUACAACGGCAGAGUGCUCAAGCUCGGAGACGUGCUAUUCCUAGGCCAGCCCAACCUGGCCGCUUGCACGCUGCCUGCUCCCGUGUCCGCUCCGCAGCCCGUUCCUAAGUCGCUGGCUCCGCCAAUAGCUGCCAAGGAAUGGCGCGUUGCUGUCACGUGCGGCCCGCACGGGUCGCCAGACUUCUUCCUGCAGGAAUCUGUCCUUGACUUUUUUGCCAACCCUUGGAAAGUGCAUUACAACUCCAAUCGGUUCGGAGUGAGACUGAUUGGCCCUAAGCCGAAAUGGGCCAGAGAGGAUGGCGGAGAGGGUGGCUUGCACCCGUCGAAUGCACACGACUACGUGUACUCGCUGGGAGCUAUCAAUUUCACCGGAGACGAGCCGGUCAUUUUGACCUGCGACGGCCCUUCGCUCGGAGGAUUUGUGUGUCAGGCUGUUGUUGCGCAGGCCGAGAUGUGGAAGAUUGGCCAGGUCAAGCCGGGCGAUCUGAUCACGUUCUACCCGGUUUCGUUCGAUGAUGCUCUCAAAUUGAAGGUGGACCAGGACAGGGCCAUCGAGACGUUGCAGGGCACCAUGCCUGCCAUUGAGUACGGUCUCCUUACUCCCCAGGACCCUGUCCUGGCCAGAUACCAGCCUGGAGGCUCGUCUACGGCCCCCGUCGUCACGUACAGACAGGCCGGCGACCGCUACGUGCUUGUGGAGUACGGCGAGAACGUGAUGAAUUUGAACUUGUCGUAUAGAGUGCACAAGCUGAUUGAGAUGGUGAACACACAUGAAACCGUUGGAAUUGUGGAAAUGUCGCAAGGCGUGCGGUCUGUGCUGGUCGAGUUCGACGGAACCAAGAUCCAUCAGAGCGACUUGGUCGAGACGCUUAUUGCGUACGAGAGAGAGGUGGCGUUCACCAACAAGUGGACGGUGAAGUCACGUGUUGUGCGACUGCCUAUGGCGUUCGAGGACAAGAAGACGCUGGACGCCGUGAAGAGGUACUCCGAGACAAUUAGAUCCAGCGCGCCAUGGCUGCCCAACAACGUCGACUUCAUUGCGCAGAUCAACGGCAUCGAGAGGUCUGCCGUCAAGGACAUGCUGUACACGGCGCGGUUCCUGGUCCUUGGACUGGGAGACGUGUUUCUGGGUGCUCCGUGCGCCGUGCCGCUGGACCCUCGUCACCGGUUCCUCGGCACCAAGUACAAUCCGUCCAGAACGUUCACGCCCAACGGCACCGUUGGCAUUGGAGGCAUGUACAUGUGCAUCUACACCAUGGAGUCGCCUGGUGGCUACCAACUGGUGGGAAGAACAAUUCCUAUCUGGGAUAAGCUGUCCUUGGGAGCACACACUGCUGCUCACAACGAGGGUCAUCCUUGGUUGCUGACUCCGUUCGACCAGGUGGAAUUUUUCCCUGUGACGGAGGAAGAACUCGAUCAGAUGGCCGAGGACUCGAAGCAUGGCUACUACAAGGUCGAGAUGCUGGAGUCUGUGUUUGACCAUGGAAAGUACCUGUCCUGGAUCCAGGAGAAUUCCGAGUCGAUCGAGGAGUUCCAGAAAAAACAGGGCGGCGAGAAGCUCGAGGAGUUCAAGAGACUGAUCCAGGUCUCGAACGCAGAGCUGCAAAAGUCCGGCUCUGCCGCCGCGGAGAAGGAAGAAAGCUAUCCGGAAGAUGCCGAGAUGGUGUAUUCGGAGUAUUCUGGACGGUUCUGGAAGCCGCUGGUCGAGGUCGGCGAGGAGGUGAAGGAUGGUCAGGGCCUGGUCGUUGUCGAGGCCAUGAAGACGGAAAUGCUGGUGAGUUCGCCGAGGGCAGGAAAAGUGAUCAAAAUUCUACACACCAACGGAGACAUGGUUGAGGCGGGCGACCUUGUGGCGGUGAUCCAGUGAAAGUAAUCAAAUUUGCAACUCUUCUAUUCAAUCCACUCUCUCGUAAAAUAACAUGUACACAGCCCGAGAGUCGUCCAUAACGUCGGACAGCGAACACUCGGUAAUCUUGGAGUCGUUGAUGCGCCAGAAUGGGGUUUUCACCGAGCUCGCCAGCUUCUUGUCGCGUGCUAUUACAGGCUGCGCGUUCUCAAACACCGACGGCGACCUUGGUCUGCUGGCUCCCACCAACGACGACACCCUCGAGCGCAGUCUCGACAUUGAACUCUGUCUCUUCAUGUCUGUGGCGGCGGUACCCUCGUUCUCCUUGGCCUCGUUUUCCACGCCCUCUAGCUUUGGAAACUUCUGGUAGUACUCGCCUGUCACGGCGUUUUUGUAAAACACAGGUUUUCGCCGGUAGCACUCGUAGUGCCCGAGCGAAUGAGAACCUUGGUGCCGCACCACAGCAUUCAACUUAUAGGUGAUGGUCUUGAUUCCCUCGUCUGCGUCCGAACUGAUGUUGUGGUCCUCCAUCUUCGCAGCCAGAUCGUCAUCGUCGUCAUCCUCCAGCUCCUCGUCAUCAUCGUCGUCCUGGUUGUCUGGGUUCUCGUCGUCUCCAUCAGAAUGAACUCCUGAAUCCUCCAAGAACUCGGUGCCCGGCUUCUCCUCUAGGAUAGACGAGAUCGCUCUUGUGAGCUGCGGAGGCUCCUCAUCAGCCGCAUCAUAUUGGUCCUGGUCAACGUUCUUGAACUUCUCCAUUUCGGCAGUAUCCACGUUCAGCUUCAAAAUUUCCUUGAAUUCCACAUUGCAUUGGUUGCGUCUGGCCUGUGUGUCAUAAAUGGAUCUCGAAAGAUGGACGGCAAGCAGCUUGGGAGGAAGAAUGAUCGAGGUCUCCUUGUGUACCGUCGACUUCACGUUAGCAGACUUGAUACCCUCGUAACUCUGAACAAAUUCGUCUAGUUCAGGCUCCAAGUCGUCAUUUAUCAGGAGCUCGUCAUUGAGCUUCUUCUUAAGUUUGUUCAACGUAGGGCUGUUUUCCUUGGCAGUGCUAAGAAUAUAAUUUAUUUUGCACCGUGUGCAAGAGUAGUCAUCAAUGAUAUCACUCUCGCUGCCUCUCAGCAUACUCUCCAAAUCAAUAGACGACUCUUGAGGAACAGGGAGAGAGAGAAUCAUCAUCGGGUUGUAAUUGGUCGAGCUCUUCUUGCCGCAUCUCAUGCAACGUAGCUGUGAGGAAACCUCCCCCUUGAAGGGGAAUUCAGGAACAGUGGGGGCCGUCUUUCUUAGCUGAACAUGUUCUCUCUCCAAAGUCUCCAAAAUGAGCUGCAAAAGCUCGUGCGCGUCGUGCUGGCUGACAGAUAUCUUGCUGUUGUAAAUUUUCUCAAUAACAUGCAAAAAUUCCCAAACUGAUAACACACGGGGCCGAUACACGGUCUCUUGGAGUUUAGACAAAAGAUGAAUGAGCGCCUGGUGAAGUUGGAAUGACGGCAACUUAGCUCCUUGCUCAAUGAGAGAGUUCCUAAACUCGGUCAUCGCAUUCAGAUACUCAUUGAGCCCUGGAAGAGAAGCCAGAGCUUGCAAGCAAACGUUCGCAAAACAGUCGGUAGUCAUGUUGAUGAGCCCAGUAGUGAGCUUAUCUGGUCUUUUCGAAAACAUGUGGGACUGGUGGGAAGGG